AUGGCCCGAGACAGACUAGCAGCCAUGAGGGCCCAGCAACAAGGUGGUGGAAACAACUAUUCCAACAACUCUUACCCUACGCAGGCGUCGGGUGGAGGCGGCGGAGGCUACAACAGCAGAAAUAACCCUUACGCACAACAAGACGACAAAACAUACGAGAUGUCGGACGUCAAGGAUAGCCAAACACACCUAACAGCCGCAGCCGACUUUGGUGGAGACAACAUGUCUGCAUUCUACUCGGAGAUUUCGUCGUUGCAAGACAGCCUCCGUACUUUCAACGACAAUGUCUCGAGGAUUGGGGACUUGCAUUCACGUUCACUCAAUAACACGGACGACCAAGCCGCGCAGCGUAACGCAGCGCAGUUGGAGGAGCUGGUUGAGGAUACAAGUGCGCUGAGUGCGACAUUGAAGCGAAGGAUCAAGGCGUUGGAACGCUCGCCUGGCUCUGGUCGCGACGGCCAAAUACGCAAACAGCAGACUGCACUCGUCAAAUCCAAAUUCGUGGAAGCGAUCCAAAACUACCAAACGGUGGAGCAACAGUUCCGUUCGAAAUACAAGCAACGCAUGGAACGCCAGUUCAAGAUUGUCAAACCCGACGCUUCGCCGGAAGAAGUGAAGGCCGUUGUCAAUGAUGAGUCUGGUGGCCAAAUAUUCAGCCAAGCGUUGAUCUCCUCGAACCGCUACGGUGAAUCUCGUGCUGCUUACCGGGAAGUCCAAGAACGACACGAAGAUAUUAAGAAAAUAGAACGGACACUUACCGAGCUUGCCCAGUUGUUCAAUGAUAUGAGCGUGCUUGUUGAACAACAAGAAGAGACCAUCAAUGUCAUCGAGACUGCCGCUGCCGGGGUUGAGAAGGAUACGGAAGUUGGUCUCGGCUACACCGAAAAGGCCGUCGAUUCCGCCAGAGCCGCGCGCAAGAAACGUUGGAUUUGUUUCAUCAUCUGCCUUGUUGUUCUCAUCAUUGUUGGUAUUAUCAUCGCGGUUGUCAUAACGCAGCAAGUGAACAAGACGAAGUAG